GUGUGUGUGUGCAUAUUCAAUUAAUUACAAAAAGGCACAAGAGGAAGCCGAAGAAGAAGCGGCAACAGCAGCAGCAAGUGAAUUGAAUGAAAGAAAGCCAGUUAAAAAGUAUGCAAAAAAGUUUCGUGAUACAAAAGGAGUGAAGAAGGCGGCGGCAUAAAUGGUGAUUAAUUCACUUUAAGUUGCAAUUAAACAGCAGCAGCAAAAGCAGCAGCAACAACAACGAGCCAGCGCAAGGUGCAAGACAAGAUUGGAUGCGACUCUCGAACGUCAUGGUAUGAAGGAGCCGACGAACACUUUGGAUGAAAUUGUGCCCAGCAGGCUGACGUCAGCCGAACUGAGGGCGAUGGCAUUGAGACAGCAGCAGCAAAUCGACAGCCAGCACCAGCUGCUGGCCACCAAGGAGCAGCGCCUGCGCUUCCUCAAGUCGCAGGAGGUGCGCAGCGCCGUGGCCAGCGCGGAGGGCGAGCGGCUCCGGCGGCUAAGGGAGCGCGUGGAGGCGCAGGAGUCCAAGCUGCGGCGCCUGAGAGCGUUGCGGGGUCAAGUGGACCUCCAGAAGACCUACAAUGUCACACUGAGCAAUGACCUGGACUCGAUACGGGCCUUGUUUAGUGAGAAGGAGAAGGAGCUCAGCUUGGCGGUGGCCAAAGUGGAGGCUUUAACCCGUCAGUUGGAGGAGCUGCGACGUGACCGCCGGUGUCCGGUGAAUCUCUUGGCAGCCACAGGCAAUGGCGUGGGCCAAUCCCUGCCCCCGCAGGCAUCCCGCGAGCUGGAGAAGCUUCGACGCGAAUUGAUGUAUCGCAACCAGCUGUCGCUGCAGCAGGACGCCCGGCUGCACAUGCAACGCGAGGCCUUGCAGCAACGACAGGCGGAGCUGCGUUCGGUGGACCAGCGCAUCUACGAGCUGCAGACGCGCCUGCAGCGCAAGAAGCAGGCCAAUACCCAUCACCAGCAGCAGCAGCAGCACCAGCAACUCCAACAGCAGCAGCAGCAGCAGCAACAACAACAGGUGCAACAGCAGCAGCAGCAGCAGCAGCAGCAGUUGCAUGCUCAGUCCGCGCAAUUGCUGGCGGCAGCAGCAGCAGCAGCCACGGCUCAGCAGCAACAUCAACAGCAGCAACAGCAACAAAAGCAGCAACAGCAGACCUUGGCCUACCAACAACCCGGACAAAGUGGCAAGCAUGGCGGCGGAGUGGCCGCCCUGAAGCAGCAACUCCUCCAGAAGCAGGUCAACCAACUGGCAGCCGCUGCUGCUGCCGCUGCCGCUGGCCGAGCACGUGGCAAUGUGGCCGCCGUGGAGCCCUUCAUCCACACGCCCCAGAAGUCUACCAUUACCAGCACGGCCAGCUACCUUAGUGGCGGUGGCAUGAAGCAUGCGGCGGCAACGGCCAAUACCAACCAGCAGAACCAGCUCAUCCAGGACCUGACGCAUGUCAAGAACAGUGGUUUCUUUGCGGGAUCCGUCCCGGUGUCCGUGCCAGUGCCAGUUGCCAGUUCCAGCAGCGAGAGUGAUGAGUCCAAGCUGGCCAAGAAGUCCAGGUCGGAGGCGGAGUUGCGCAAGCAGGCACAGUCCGAGGCCAUGGAUAGUACCACACAUAUAUACGCGGAAGUGGGACCCAAGAAGAGGGAUCGAGAAGCGGCGGCAGCAGCAGCUCAAGCAGCAGCCGAAGCAGCAGCAGCAGCAACAACAGCAGCAGCAGCAGCAGCAACAACAGCAGCAGCAGCGGCAACAGCCACAUCCCCGCCAGCUUCAGCCAGCAAAAUCCCGAAGAGCAUCUCCUCCUCCAGCAGCAGCAGUUCGGCCUCCGCUUUGAUCACCAAACUCAACCAGCAGCAGCAGCAGCAGGCGGCGGCCAAGGACAACAGUCACCAGGAUCAGCAGCAGAAGAAGAAUGAGAUUUCGGUGACCAGCGAGACCCUCUCGGAGCGCAACACCCAGCAGCAGCUCACCGUGCACAGCAUGCCCCUGGGAGCUGUGAGUAAAUCCGUGGCCAUUGCCGUCUCCAAUGCCGCCUCCAAGCCGCUUCAGGUGCAAGUAAGCAAUCUGGCAGUGCCACCGCGCAAGCCCAUCAGCAGUGUGGCGCCCACCUCGGUGUCCAGCGGUGGCAGCUCCAUACCCAAGAUGAUAACCUACAGCCCGAAGGUGAAUCGUGUGGCGCCCAAUGUGGUAUUGACAGACCCAAGGCCAGCGUUGCCGCCAAAGCCCAGCAAGAUGUCGCCCACGGAACAGCCUUCACCAGUGGAAGUUACAUCCUCAGCAUCAACGGGAACGGGAACGGGAACAACUGGAGGAGCUGCAUCCUCAUCGGGAGCUGGCAAGACGCAGGCGGCCACCUUUGGUCUGCAAUCCCUAAACAUCAACGACAACUUGCCCAUCAAGGCCAAGCCGCUGACCAUUCGCAAGCAGCCGCUGUUCGAGCAGCCGCGUCUCAAGGUCGCCUCCAAUGGUGGCCAGCCAAAGCAGCCGGCAGUGCUGCUGCAGCUCCAGAGUCAACGGAAAUCAGAACCGGCAGCCGGACGACAAACAACCGAGGCCAUGAAGACGACAGCUUCCCCGGAAGCAUCGCCUCAGCACUCGCCCAGCAGCGGCGGUGAAUCCAGCGCCGAUGAAACAGAUCGCAUGGUGGUCCCAGUAGUGGGUCAGCAGGAGGCAGGCACAUCUCCAGGAGCUGCCACAACGACGACCACGACCACGACGAGCAACAUCAAGGAGCGAACUGGCAAUAAGCCCAAGCUUGCUCGCCGCGUCAGCUUUGAUCCCUUGGCCCUGCUCUUGGAUGCCAGCUUGGAGGGUGAACUGGAGCUGGUGAAGAAGACGGCCAUGCAGGUGGCCAAUCCCAGUGCGGCCAACGAUGAGGGUAUCACCGCCCUCCACAAUGCCAUCUGUGCCGGACACUUUGACAUUGUCAAAUUCCUGGUGGAAUUCGGUUGCGAUGUGAAUGCCCAGGACUCGGAUGGCUGGACGCCGCUGCAUUGUGCCGCCAGCUGCAACAACCUGUCCAUGGUCAAGUUCCUGGUGGAGAGCGGCGCCUGUCUGUUUGCCUCCACGCUCUCGGACCACGAGACGCCGGCGGAGAAGUGCGAGGAGGAUGAGGAGGGCUUCGAUGGCUGCUCCGAGUAUCUUUACAGCAUUCAGGAGAAGCUGGGCAUCCUGCACAAUGGCGACGUGUACUCGGUGUUCUCCUAUGAGGCCCAGAAUGGCGAUGAGUUGUCCUUCCAUGUGAACGAGCCGCUGAUCGUGCUGCGGAAGGGUGACGAUGCCGAGAACGAGUGGUGGUGGGCACGGAAUGCCGGCGGCGAGGAGGGCUACGUGCCCCGGAACCUCCUUGGGCUGUACCCACGUGUGCCGCCGCAGUCACCGCACUUCAGCGAUUAGCAGUUAAUACGCUUCACCAUCCUGAAGCGCAAGGCUGGCAGACUCAUCCAGAAGCGCUACAUAUCCAAGUACAUCUAGGGAGCCAUGGAUGAUGGGAUGAUGAUGGGGGGGAGGGAGUGUGCAGGAGGCUCUGGUGAAGAUUCUGAGCACGUGCCGCCGCAGGAGUCAUCGGGGAAUUAUUUAUCACAGCUCGGAUGUUUCUUUUUGUUUACUUUUUUGUUAUUGGGAAAAGCAACACAAAGGGAUAUGGGCAAGAGGAGGUGGAUUCGGAGUCGGAGUCGAAGUCGGAGGAGCUGCGACCAUAUGCUCAACCAUAUGGAAUGGCAUCAACUGCAGCAGGAGCUUCCGCCUUGGCCAUUUAUCUCGACGACUGGCCCCAAUUAGCCGGCACAGAGUUCACACAACACACACACCCUCUGGACCACUCCCCUGCAUACGUACAACCGCAAAUUGAAUUUCACUUAAGCUCCUUAGCUUUAAGGCCUAGACUAAUGCCAAUAACUCACCAUCAGCCGCCUGCUCGCCACACAAGAAAAACUUUACCUUCGAGCUGGAAAAAGCUUUGCAAUUGAAAAGCGAGAAAAGCCAUCGAAGGAGUUUUUGUUAAUUGCAUAUAUCAAGUUAGCACUUAAAAGCCUAAUUGAACUCGAACCAAGUUCAGUAAACAUUUAUGGUAACAAGAAUACGAAGACAUAACAAAUCGAAUGUGAUUUUUGUAUAAAGACGAGGAUAAUUUAAACAAAUUUGUAUCGAAUAUAUGAAGGGUUCGUAGGUGUAAGUUCGUUGACAAGUAAUCGCAUUAUUAGGUUAUACUAAUAUAUUUAACUUUAACUAUAACUUGACUUAAUUACACUUAAUGUACCGAUCGAUUGCUUAAUUCUUAGAUCCUAAGGACCAAGCCCUACACACCCCAAUACUUAAAAUGCAACAAAAUACGUUUGAAAAAUGAAAAUAAAACA